AUGCCAGAAACUGAAACUGAGACUAAGGCACCGGAACUACAGGAGACGGAAAAAGAACCGGUUGAUGUUUCGAAUGAUACCAAGGAGUCUGUUAUAGCAGCUCCCAAAAAGUACCCGCGCAAGAAACGCUGCGAGGACGGCACGCGAACACCUAAAAACAAAGCCCUUCCAGAAGCUGUUCCGAAGCCCGCAGAGUUCCGUCCCAUAGACAUUCGUGGCGAACCUUCUGUGUUGGGCCCUCAAUGGACGCCUGUUUAUUCACACCCGGUUGACUUUGGUGCUCCGGAUUUUGAAAAGGCAAUGGCCAAUAUUAUUCUGGAGCCCAAUAUUAACUCUACCUCAAUCAUGCGCACAGACAUUAUAUCUGACCAGCUUGUUGACUACGAUGCGGUAGCUAGCUGGCUGAGUCGACGCGGCGUGACUGACAUUACUUCAGAAGCUUUUUCAGCAACUUCACGAAGCGAGAUUGGCGAUCUGUCGCACGAAGAAUCGCUUGCAGAUGGUGAGACUGCCUCCCCCUUGGCCAACUACCAACUGCUACGACUUGUGCGCCCGGAAGCGCCUGUAAUUGACCCCAAUGCCAUGCCUCUUACAUAUUACCUGGAUGACACUGCUGCCCGGAGUGUUCCAACAGAGCUGGUUUUCCCCGAGCGCAAAAUCGUUCGGCGCAUCAUCCCUCGCAACCCGCUCCGCGAUCACGUCAUUAACCAGACCUGUGCAGUUCACACACUGCGAAUAGACCAAGACCCAGAAUUUACUAACGAAGAAAAGCCUCCCCAAGAUUCCAUCUUUGUCGCUUAUAUACCCCACAUUAAAUCGCCUGAUGAGUGCCCCUUUUAUCUACCACCAGCGCGUGCAGUUGGUGUGCUUUAUCACAAUUACACCAUCUCAGUUCACUACCUUCUUUACGAAAGCAAUCCAGAAGAUCCUCCUUUUGCCGAAAGAGACCCUGUCGACCGCAUGAUUCGUAUUGCACUUCAUCUGCUCGAGACUCCUUACAAGCACUCGUUUGGUGCAAAAACAGGAUACAAGAAGCGUGUGCACCAUGAUCUUGUUGUUCCUAAAGUUGUUUUCCAAGAUCGCUACAUUGAUCUCAAGGCCAAGUACUCCAAAAUUUUAGUUUCUGGAUGGGUUGAAACAACCGACCCGAAGAAACAUGUUUUCGAAGACCUAGCCAUUGCGGCAUUCAUCAUUGAGCUAUGGAAUCAAACUUAUAAAUCCAAAGACGACUUUGUUUUCGUUGAUAUUGGCUGUGGAAACGGCCUGCUUGUUAACAUUCUCAUCAAAGAAGGAUACAAGGGAUAUGGCAUUGACGCACGUGAGCGCAAGUCCUGGGCAACUUACACUGAAGAUGUGCGUGCUAGUCUUAAAGAGCAAGUCAUUGUGCCCAAAGUGCUACUCGACCACCCUGGCGACAAGAAACACGCGUCUCUGCUCAAUACUUCUCGUGUCAACAUUGCAGAUUUUCCUGAAAAUGCUUUCCUUAUUGGCAAUCACUCAGAUGAACUGACUGUUUGGGCUCCGCUUUUCGACAGACCUUUCAUUGUUAUUCCCUGCUGCUCAUACUCUCUAUCCGGAUCUAAGAUUCGAUAUCCUCCAAAAGACCCGGCUAACAAGUCCACCUAUGCAUCGCUUGUGGAUCACGUUCAAGAUAUUGCGACUGCUUUUGGUUGGGAGGUUGAAAAGGAAAUUCUACGUAUCCCAAGCACCCGCAACACUGCCAUUAUCGGGCGUACGCGACAAAAAUCUUCAAAGUCUUCCAAGUCUCUUGAUGAGAUUAUAGAGUCUGAGGGUGGCGCCGCCGGCUGGGUCGAGCGCACCAUGUCCCUCAAUUCUAAAAAACCACGUAACCACUAA